AUGUCAUUUAGUUCACUAUUGCCACCCCCCAAACAUUCAAACAACAAUAAUAAUAAAUCAGGUCAAAAACUUAGCAAUGUCAAUGAGAUUCAAGUUAAGGCUUUGCUAGCAGAAAAAUAUCGUGAAAAAGAUAAUGAGAUUCACAAGAAUAAUGUUUUAGAGACUAUGUUUAAUGGAGGAGUCUCAUUUCAAGACUUUUUGCCCGUAAGACAGAGGAAUUUUGACCUGAGCAUACCUCUCCCUACACAGGAACUAAUUGACGAAACCUUUAGACGAACAAAGGAUGCCUUUGAUAUAUUGUUAUCUAAGAAAUUAGAAAAGCCUGGGAAUAUGGUUAUCAGUAAUAAAAUUGCAAGUAUGUCAUCCAAGGUUAUUCAUAAAGUAUCAAAUCAAAAUACUGAAAGAGUUAUUACCAUAACGCAACAUGCACAAGAUCCAUUACAGCCUGUUACAUUUAAAGCUAAAAAGGUUGUAGCACCUCCAGUUGAAUCCACACAAGUUCCAAUAUUCCACAAAACAGAUGCCAAUGUUGCUGAAAGUAAAAAAAUAUCAGAUGAAGAAAGGGAGAAAUGGAAUAUUCCAUCUGCCGUGUCAAAUUGGAAAAAUCCGAAAGGUUAUGCGAUUGCAUUGGACAAGAGAGUUAAUUCUGGGGCUACAGUUGAAACUGAUGCAAGCAAGAAGUUUUCAGAACUUUCAUCUGCAUUAGAAAUAGCAGAUCGUGAAGCGAGGGAAGAAUUGAAGAUGAAAGCAGAAGCCAAGAAGCAAUUAGCAGAGCAAGAACUUCAAGAGAAAGAAAUGAAGCUUCGUAUUUUAUCUAAUAGAGCUAGAGAAGAAAGAGAGAGGCAGAGAAAGAGUAGAUAUCAGGGCAGAAUUACUACAGGUGAUAAUAUCGAUUAUAGUGAAAGAGAACGUGAGGACAAUAGACGUGUUAAAAAAUUAGAUACCGAAAAAGCAUUGAAGAGGUCUAGAAUGAGUACAGCUGAUAGAUUAAGGGAGUUGGCGUAUGCACAAGGUAGAGAUAUAUCCGACAAAGUCAUAUUGGGUGCGGCAAAAGCUACAGAGACAUCAGAAAUCACUUAUGAUUCAAGAUUAUUUUCGAAAGCUGCCAAUGCUAACGCUAAGAGAUCAGAUGAUCAGGUGUACGAAAAUCCACUAUUUGUCCAACAAGAUAUUAAUAACAUCUAUCGUGUUAAUGCCAGUAAACUUGAUAAAACAAUAAAUGAGGAAAAAGAUUCGGACAUCAACGGUUCUAACAGCUCUAAUUACUCAACCCAUGGGCCUAUUGAAUUCACAGCUGCCGAAACGGACAAUGGGAAUAGUGAAGGCAGGAAGUAG